UUUAUCAUAUAUUCAGUAUCCAAACGAUUGGCAUUUAGCUGCUAAAUUCAGAUAUCGAAGUGGUAACGAAUUUAACUUUGGAGGUAUCUUCUAUAUGGAGACGUAUCUGCAAAAGCAGGCCAUAUGUUUUCCCAGCCUGAGGUUUCUGAUUUCUUUGCUAAGUUAAUACAAAGGGUCUCACCAAAGAGUUACCAGUAGGCUCUCGGUGUAGUUUAUGUUACCGGAAAGUUUUUAGAAAACUUUUCUGGUGAUCAGGUGCGUUUCUUGGCAAGGUCGUUCGGAGUACCUGGGAAUCAUCUUGGGCAACAAAGUCAUGGUUUCCGAUGGCCAUAUGGCCCUGUGGCGUUAAUUACACCUUUCAAUUUUCCUCUAGAGAUUCCGGUACUCCAGUUGAGGAUGUCGACUUUAUUAAUUCUGAUGGAAUGACGAUGAACAAGCUGCUGCAAGAGGCAAAUCCGAGAAUGACCCUUUUUACGGGUAGCUCGAAAAUAGUAGAUAAGUUGGCUUAUGACCUGAACGGACGAAUUAAAGUAGAAGAUGCAGGAUUCGACUGGAAAAUCCUCAGGCCUGAUGUUCACAAGGUGGAUUAUGUGUCAUGGGUGUGUGAUCAAGAUGCAUAUGCAUGUAUUGGCCAAAAAUGCCUAACACAAUCGUUGUUAUUCGUUCAUGAGAACUGGAAAAACAGCUCACUCAUGAGUCACCUAAACCACCUUGCGGGGAGAAGGACGCUUGAUAAUUUAACAAUUGGGUCAGUUCUUAGAGCCCACUGGGUUAGACCAUAUCCGGGUCUAAGCCCAAACAUUGAGUGCGGUUCAGACAAUCAGGUGGCAAUUGGACCGGGUCUGCAACAUGUAUGGUCUUCACUGGCCGGGUGUUGGGGAUAUCAACUUGGUGUGAGUGUGUUUGGGUGGGGGAUGUAUACCGCAAUAGGUGGGGGCUGUUGAGUGAGUUUGGUGAUAAAUAGGUACACCUUUUGGUCUGGGAUUGUAUAAGAAGACUUUUUGGUGAAAUCAGACUUCAAAGAGAAGAGAUUGCAAACAUCCCAAGUAGUUAACAACCUAAUUAUCUGAUGCAUUGAAUUGUUGUUGGGCGCUGUCUUCAACCCAGACACAUAUUUUGAACAUUCCUUUUUUAAUAAAUAGCUAAGUGUGCCAAA